UGACAAAACAGUUUCGUUUUAAUUAGCAGGAUUCUUACAUAGUUAUUCCGAGACAUUGAAUAAAUGGGGGGAUAUUCUAUUUUUGGUUUACGUCUUGACUUUAAAAAUAAUGAGUCGUAUGCGGUUGUGUUUAAUCUUUAACAGAGUGCUGGAAAAAACGAAACAAAACAAAACAUGCAUUCAUUUUAUGUUUUCACGAUUUUUAUAUUGGGGAUGAAAGUCAGUGUUUUACAAGGGCAAAGAUGUCCACGUCAAGAAACAGAAUUACCGAGAGGUGUGGACAUAUACGAAUCCGUACGUUACGGACAUUAUGUGGAACUUGAAUGUUGUUCUCGUAAAGGGGGUGCUGUAAAAUGGAUGAAAUGGGAUAAAAACACAAACCAAUGGCAAAACUAUUCACCGGAGCGAGACGAUGUCUUCCUAUUAGAAUCGAACCAAAUUCUAGCAAUUCAAAGUGCCACAUUUGAAGAUACGGGGUCUUACAAAUGCAAGGAGCAAAAUAGUUCAGCUUCUGUUGACUUGAAAAAGUUUAACCUACAUGUCGUUGCAUGCGACAAACUAGCAAGGGGACCAUUUCCGGUGUCACCAUUGCCUUGUGCUGAAACCAUCGCUGCAGAAAAAGAAACGAUAACUCUUCCAUGUACAGGAUAUUUUGGAUGCGGCGAUGACGGUGAUAUAAGAAUUGUAAUGUGGUAUGUGUCUGAAGAUACGGACGAUAACUGGAAAGAAAUAUCAGAAGUAGAUGAUAGAUAUACAACAACAAAAUUUGAAGAGGAUUCCGGAACAGUGGUUGGGUUAAAUUUGACUAUCAAAUCAGUUUCCGCUGUUGACUUCCGGCGGAAGUUCAUGUGUUUACUUGCUUCUCCCCAAAUGAUAAAAAGCCAAAGUAGUACAGUUGUGACCCUAAGAAACAAAAAUAGAAUUGGUGAAGACCCCAUGCUUAAAUCUGGAUUCGAUUCUGGAGAGGUGCUAAUAGUUCUGGCAGUUGUUUCUGUCUGUCUUUUGAUUCUUACCGGUGUUCUCGCAGGACUUUUUAUUCAGAGGCAAAUGAUGAAAUCCCGGAAGUCAUGUGAAAGGAAGGGAAAUCAUCAACAGUGGGAGACGAUGAUCUACAAAAGUACCGGGGAUUCUGUACAAAUGCUGCCAUGAAGAUUUACAUAAUCCAGUCGUAUUUAAUAUUGACAAUCGGCAUAUCAUGUCUAUGUUUUGUUUGAAUGUUACUAGUUAACAGUAGAAAACCGUCCUAUCUUUUGACGACACUUAAAGACAGUGUUUUUGUUAUUGUUUGUAGAUUUUACCAAAUGUUCCCACCUUCUAGUCAUUUAACAUCUUCAGGAAUGAUUACUUGAAUCAAACAAACUAAGACUCCCCCGCAGUCAGUCUCUGGUGAAAGUUGCAUUAUAGUAUUUCUCACAGUAAAAAUAUGUAAUACAACAACGAGCUUAUUUGGUGCUACGAUAUUACUCGAAAAAUAUCGAUCUUGGUUCCUUACUUUACAUGACAGGUAUUUUAAGGUGCAAAUGAUGGAAAUAAGUUGUAUGCAUGCUUUAUCCGUAUGUUAAUUUUACGAUACAUUUCGAUUGUGUCUUCCUGGUUGUGUUGACAUAAAAUACAAUAUCAUUUCCAGUCCUUUCGGGAAAUAUGAAUUACAAACGUUUUCUUCCGUUUGUCAGAGGAACAAAAUGUGACAGAAAUAAAAAUUAUAACAAUAAUAAGUCAACAAAAUUUAUUUAUCACCAUGAAAUCAGGGAAUUGACAAAUGUAAGGCACACUAUGUGGCCACAAAUUUACUUCACUUGAUGUAUAAAAUUGAUUUUUUGUUAUUAAAAUGUUCAUAACUGUUUAACGACAAUAAAAUAUAUAAAACCAAAA